UUUGCUUCGCUGCGUACUUCCGCAUGGUAACAAUGUUCUGUGCGAGAUGAAGCAGUACGUGUACGUCCUUGCUGUUGCUUUUCUAAUUCUACCCUCUGCUGGACAGUCUACGAUCAGCUCAACGCAACGUUACAACGGACGUGUAACUGUCGUGGACGGUUUGUUCGAAUCUUCCGCUCUGCAAGCGCUUACAGACCUCGUUGCAAAGUACAGCGUCUGGUCGUAUCAAUAUCGAGAUCCAUUCGAGAGUGAGCGCGCCUAUGAGGCACUUCCGGACGAAAAUCCAGGCAACAUCAACUGGCUGACGUGGCUAGACGUGCAGUACUUUGAGAAAACCGGCUUCUGGAGACGUUUGAGUAAUUUACUGUUGACAUCAGGGAAGACAUCCGGGUAUCGACCGUUUAGCGCAUCCGUGUUUCUACUGCGCAGACUCGAACAGUCAAGGACAGCAAGACAGUGUGGAUGUGAUAACAAACGUGCACAUUCCAUAUAUGGGAAUACUGAUGGCACAUCAUCUGAAUAUAGUGAUAUCAACAUUUUGGUUUAUUUGAAUAAGAUCUGGUUAAAAAAUGAUUAUGGCGAUUUGCUGCUAUAUAAUGAGCAUGGAGAGGUCGCCACGGCAAUCAAACCAGCAUUUGGUCGUGUCGUAAUUUGGGACUGCUCUAUACCCUACCUUCUUCACCCUCCAUCUGUGGCAUUCAAACAAGGACAAUAUGGAUUAAUCAUUCGAGCAACGAACGUAAACGAAACCUUCCAGCAAGGAGUGGAUCAGUUUGAUAGGUUAACAAAAUUCCAUAUGUCGCGAAACCUAAUGGACUUUGCUCUUGUCGACGAGGUGCCAAUACCAAACUGGAACCUCUCGAGUCAUUUGACUCGGAAAUAUACCGACAGAGCAGGAAAGGUGGUGGCUGUAUACGAUGGUGUAUUAAGCAGAGACGAGUUGAAUGAGCUUCGAUCGUAUCUCAUUGCGUUUCAUGACACGUAUCAUUAUCAGCUGCACGACGAGAGCCGAGAGGAAGACAGCGAUAACGUCCAAUGGGUUGCUGGAUUUAGAAAUGAGGAGUUUGUCAGAAGUCGCGUGUGGACUUUGACGCAGAGAAUUGCUGAGCAUGCAUCAAACAAGAGCAGCUGGUUUCCAUAUGAUGUGGCACUCAACAUUGUUAGAGGAGCUGACUACACGCGCAUACACAAAGACUGUGAAGAUUUUGAGGAUGAGAUGACAUUACUAAUAUAUCUCAAUCCAGAUUAUGGCGUUAAUGAUCAUGGAGAGACCGCGUUCUUCAAUGAAGUUGAAUCAGACGUUCCAGUUAAGCCAGGAAAUGAGGAGUAUGAACUGUUUGCUGCUGUCAAACCUGUCUAUGGCCGUGUCUGCAUCUUUCACGGCACAAUUCCACAUUCAGCUCGACCACCAAGUGUCACUUUUCUUGGAGGAAGAUACACAUUUGCGGUCAAACUUUCUGUCACUCCACAAGUAGCAAAAGCAAAAAGUCUCCAAGAGAUUUUGGAAGGAGGCUACUCUCGCGAACCAAGAGUCUUAAAAAGCAAAGAGCUGAAAGACAUUCAUGAAGCUCUUUCAUACGGGCAACAAGGAUACAGGUAUCACUCACAUCUACCAUCAAUUGCAUUUCUUUCGGAGAAAUUAAAAGAGCAGACAAACAUUCUUCUUAGUGAACGAAACGGAAAACGACUUCAUGCUAUGGAGGUGUUGCAAUCAGUCUUAGAUUCCAUAUAGAUGUUUUAGAUUUGAUGUUUUAGUCAUUACAUUUCCGCAAUUGAUUGCUGAUUAUAGUGUAGUAGUGCGGCUCUCGGAUGUGAGUACAUUAUACAUGUAUAGGCCCAGCUUUGACUAUGUGACUAUGUUAACAACAUUGAAAUUCUAAAAUGUCUACAACUCAGUGUAUUGAUUUGGUUCAUUGUCUUUUUAUUGUUAACUCGAGGCGCUCAGGUUACAGUAAUAAUGCUGUCGACCAUUUGACGACCGAUCAGCUUGCAGAAAUAAUUGUAAGUUCAAACAUCAAUAGUGUAAGUCAUUUGUAUAUAACCCAAACCAACUCAUAGACAGAACUUUUACCAUCUUAAGUUAAUUAACAAGUUACAAAGUCUCGGGCUAGUCACAUGAACCAAG